AUGGGUUCUUACUUAUUCUUUCUUAUAGCGAUUACUCCAAAGAACAAGAUAUUUCUAUCCCUCCUGUUCCAGAAUGCGCUACGUGGUGAGACUGGAGCUCGGAAGAAGAACCUGAGUAAACAUCUGAUCUGCGGGAAGACCGCCAAGACCUACUUGUUCUGGGACAACUUGAUGUACCAUUACAAGUACCUUGCACCCCUUUACGGAAAGAAAAUUGAGUUUAAGGAGUAUAUCAGUCCCCAUGACGGCUGGUUAUUCAGUUUCCCUCAAAACCUGAAACUUCAUCAUAAAAUAUCACAGUUUGAGAGAACAGAAGCAACUCAUAUAGAACACAGGGUGAACCUGAAUAAUCCUGACUGGAUCCCCCCGUGUGAGAGGAACAUGGAACGGUAUACUGUAAAGGAACAUCUAGAAACUAUUCCUAGUAAGAAGUCCAGGUUUCUUAGAAAGGAAUUCAGUACUUCAAUUAAGCCGAGAGGUAGGGAAGAGAUCGAAGAAGAAGAGGAAGCAGAGAAAAGGAAUAGGAAAAUGGAGGUUCAGCAACCAGUGGAGAAAUCUUAUUACAAGAAGAAGGAUAAAUAUCACACUGCCCGGAACCGGAUGGUUUAAGCACACUGCCCUGAAUCCGGAUGUUUUGAGCACACUGCCCGGAAUCCGGAUGUUUUAGGCACAUUGCCCGGAAUCCGAAUGUUUUGAGCAGACUGCCCGGAAUCCGGAUGUUUGAAAUAAUAUAGAUCUUCCACUUAGUUUUUUUUUUCGUAGUGGUGUCAAUCUUCCUUUAGAGCUGUGAGUCAAAUUUAGAAGAAAAAAUAUAUAUAUUUAUGUUUAGAUUAUUUAUUAACAUGUCUUUACUUGAAUUCUAGUCAUUGCUAGUCUACAAUAAAUUGUUAUUAAACUACUCAAUUGUUAUAAUAAAUAGAUAGAUAUAGUU